CAACACUACAUUUAACAGCUAUUCGGCAACAACAAUGCGCGGACUGCAUACGAAUUUGUGCCCGAAAUCGAAAAGAGAUUAACCAAUUGUGUGUAAAGUAAACUAGCUGUGUGUAAUAUUUAAAUAUUAUGUUAUGUGCAACAUAACAAAAUGCCAUUGCAAACAAACGAGAUUUAGUGGCGCGAUCUAUAAAUUCUACGCAUCCUCACAUCUGUAUCUAACUGUAAACCGCUCUACGGCAUGGAUGCUCCCACACAAUCUAUAUACCCGCAUUCCGCAACGCUUUUCGCUGCCAUCAGUGCCUGCGUUUUUGUAACCAUCGGCGUAUUCGGCAAUCUGAUAACGCUGCUGGCGCUGCUAAAGAGUCCCACGAUACGUGAACAUGCGACAACAGCAUUUGUUAUAUCGCUCAGCAUAUCCGAUUUGCUAUUCUGUUCCUUUAGUCUGCCGCUGACGGCAGUGCGCUUUUUCCAAGAGAGCUGGACAUUUGGCAGCACGCUCUGCAAGAUCUUUCCCGUCAUUUUCUAUGGCAAUGUGGCUGUUUCGUUGCUCAGUAUGGUGGGCAUUACCUUAAAUAGAUAUAUACUUAUUGCUUGCCAUAACAGAUACUCACAAAUCUACAAGCCCAAGUUUAUAACGCUGCAGCUGCUUUUUGUUUGGGCGGUGUCUUUUCUAUUGCUGUUACCACCCAUAUUGGGCAUUUGGGGCGAGAUGGGCCUGGAUGAGGCCACCUUCUCCUGCACCAUACUCAAGAAGGAGGGUAAAUCGAUCAAGAAGACGCUAUUCCUCAUUGGUUUUCUGCUGCCCUGUCUUGUUAUUAUCAUAUCCUAUUCCUGCAUUUAUUUAACUGUUCUGCAUCAGAAGAAGAAAAUACGCAGUCAUGAUACCACUGGCGUCGGUGGCAAGAGCAGCUCUGCAUCUGGCUCGUAUGUAACCGCCACCAGUACACGCAAAGCACGCGAGGAUAAUCGCCUCACUGUCAUGAUGGUAACCAUAUUUUUGUGCUUUCUCAUCUGCUUUCUGCCACUGAUGCUGGCCAAUGUGGUGGACGAUGAGCGCAAAACCAAUUAUCCCUGGUUGCAUAUAAUUGCAUCGGUUAUGGCCUGGGCCUCCAGUGUCAUCAAUCCCAUAAUAUACGCAGCCAGCAAUCGCAAUUACAGAGUCGCCUACUAUAAGAUCUUUGCAUUGCUCAAGUUCUGGGGCGAGCCGCUGUCACCAAUGCCAAGUAGAAACUAUCACCAAAGUAAAAACUCAAAGGAAUUAUCGGGCGUUAUACGCAGCACGCCAUUGUUUCACGCUGUUCAGAAGAAUAGUAUUAAUCAAAUGUGCCAAACAUAUUCAGUAUGAGUCUUCAAUUUUGUAUUAGAAUUUGCAAUAUACAUACCUAUUACUUACAAUAUUAAUAUUA